GGGCGAACGCAGGACGUUUCCGUGGCCGGCCUUCCCCUUUGGCGCGCGGGAGGGCUCUCCUCCGCCGUGAAUGUUGGUUGCAGCGGCCGCGAGCCCCUGCGGCAGGAGGAGACGGCUCCGUUUCCCUCCUUCCCCCCCUCCCACCGCCCCAGCGCCUGGCAGCCAAGGGCACGCAAGGCCUUGCAGCAACCCGGGCUCCCGGUUCCGUAGAAUUGGGGGGGUGCAGCUGCCCAAUUCUGAACCAGCUGGACUGCCGCGGCCGCUGGGUAAAACUGGGUUCACCAUCUGACUUUAAACAUUAAAAACUUUUGGUGACUAAAAGAUGUGCCAUGGAAUGGUAGGAGCAAAGAGCACCACAACGUCGCUGCUUGCCUUGAUCAGUCAUGGGAUAUUUUUUCCAUUCUUUAUCUUCAGUUCCUGUAUGGUGGAAGGAUUGGACUCAUACUGUCCACAGCCAUCCAAACCUGAGAAUGGAGGUUACAAAUGUCAUCCAACGCCUUGCAAAGACCCACUGACAUCUGACAGUGUCAUAGAGUAUUUCUGUGACAAAGGUUAUGUAUUGAAAGGAGAUUACAAAUAUUUGACUUGCAAGAAUGGCAAGUGGAAUCCAGAACUGGAGGUUACCUGUAGACUUAGCCAAGAUAAAGGUUCUCCUCCAAGUGUAGGAGUACCCACCUUAUCCAUAGUGGCUACUACAGCAAGUUCGGUUGCUUUCAUCCUUCUCCUAGUUGUAUUGUUUGUUUUGCUACAACCAAAACUGAAGUCAUUUCAUCACAGCAGGCGUGAUCAAGGUGUUUCUGGGGACCAGGUUUCUAUUAUGGUGGAUGGAGUUCAGGUAGCUUUGCCAUCUUAUGAAGAAGCUGUCUAUGGCAGUGCUGGAAACUGCAUAUCAUCCUCAGAUACACGGAUUCCGAUCGUCCUUUCAGAAGGCGCUGGACAGAGCGAGGCAAGGGAAAUGCAACAGCCACCACCAGACGAAGUGGGUCCCAGUGGCUUUAUUAGGGAGGAUGAAACCCCUGGACGCUCUGGAUUGGGUGAAGCUGGCAGCUCUCACCACUCAGAAACUGUUCUAGUGCAUCAAGCGACCACAUCUUCCUGGGUGGCUGGCACGUCCAGUAGUAAAACUGGGCACAAAGAGACUUCAGACUCAGAAAACAGCGACGUACAAAGCCUUUUAUCACUUGCUUCCUCAGAGGAAUACAUGGAUGAUAUUCCAUUGUUGAAAGAAGCAUGAAGGUUACAACAGUCGUCAAGUCUACACUCUCUCUAGUUUCCUUUUCGGAAUGAUAAGCGCUUCAUGCUGGCUUUCCCUUCCUUGAAGUGCUGCACCCUGAAUAUUUCCAGAAGAUAUCCCUUAGUUGAAGAUCCAAAGGAUGCCACCAAGACACCACCUUCAGUGCAUCAGUGGGGUGCACCGGUGCCAGCUCUCUUCUCCAUCUCAUUCUAUAAGCAUUAAAGGAGGGCUUUAGACUCAAGCCUUCCUCCAGCCUCUCCUCUUUCCCAGACAGAUGAUUUUGAGUCUCUGGAGAGUUGCCAUUUACUUGUGCCUUGCUCCUUCCUUCUCACACUGGCUCGCUGCAAUUUCUCAUAAGCCUUGCUAGCUUCUGGACGUCUCAGAAAGCAGGGUCAAACCCACAGCUUGCUUUGUUUGGUGCAGAUGGUUUUGUUCUAUUUAUUAGCUACAUUACGAAGGCAAGAAGAAUGCCUUGAGAUGGCCUGAGUGGGAGGGAGUUUAUAAAAGUGACACAUACUGGUUGUUGAGACCUCAGGUGUUGAACAUUGUAUAAUCCGAACUGCACAUCAACACAUGAAUAAGCAGUGCUGGCUGCGUUAAAUGGAAUUGCUACUGACCACUUCAGAAAAAAAAAUAGCUUAGGCUGCUGCUUGUGCUUUGUUUUCCUCAAGGGUGAAAUGACUGUACCUCUCAUAUAUUUGCAUUCAUUCUUUUCUUUUUUUCAUCCCACCACAUCCACUAGGACAUUCUUUAUCUCUUUGAACAUGCUGGGUGGCAUACAUUGAGGGCUGCAGAAAACUUUUGAGAAAUUCCCUUGUAUGUAGCCAGAUUUAAGAGCACUUGCAUGGCUAAGUCCAUGUCCUCAUCCUAUCAGCAAUACUGUGGCCGUAUUACAGCUGAUCCAAAGCCUUCCAUAUAUGAUUGGUUUAGUCUCUUUCAAAUAUCAGUAGAAUGUCCGUUUGUUGCUUUUGAGUAGCAUUAUCACCUGUCACAUGCGUUCCUGUGUCAGCUCACACAGAGUGAUUUUGGCAUUGCUACUUUAUUUUGUUGCUGUGGUUGAUUUCUGUCCUUGUGGAGGUGUUGCCAGGGCCUGCAUUUUCUUCAGCUAGCAAUUGUUAAUUUAAAGUAUUGAUCAUGGUUAGCAAGUAUUUAGCUUUUGAAAUUGGUAUGUCCAAUUGCCUUGAAUGAACUAGUGAUAGCCUGCCUUAAAAAAGAGCCAUGCUGCUGUUUGUCCAGAUGCAAGAUCCUCCCUUCCUCGACAUGCUAUAUUUUUGUGUGUGUUGCCUUCUGCAUGCUACUUCCACUUGGAAACUUCUUACUAUGCAGGGAACAUGCUUGUUUACCUCACGUCCUCUCGCACAACUCUGCUUUUGCUCUUGUUUUUCUAGCUAUCUGUGAACGUUUCUUGAUGACAUUAUGGAAGUACUGAUUCAAUAGCUUUUCUUCAAGUGAACCUCCCAAAUCAAGACUUUUUGUGUGAUUUCCCAAAGAUUUGUACAACAGACAUAAGCAGCUUAAGUACCAGUUCUCCACCUUGUCCCAGACUUGGGGACAUGACAACUGUAGGCAUAAAGAACUUGGAAUGGGAAAUAGCUUUUGCCUCUUUGGAUGGCUGCCCAUAAUCCCUGGUUUUAGGUGGCCUGUACAAGCUCAGAAUUAUGAGUAUUCUUGUGAAUAUUCCUGACAGAAAUGUAGUAUUGAAAGCAAAUACUCGGAAAAACCACAGCUUGCAUUUUAUCAAAUAGUAAAGGUAAAAACUCUGACCUUUGUGAAUAUAUUCCUGCAAAUUUGUAGGGUAAUGUUUAUGACAAUCUUAAGGUGUAUAGUAGAAUUUGCUGUGGCAAUGUGACAAAACUUUAGAACUCUGCAUGUUUUCUUUAUCCUUCAGGAUGUGCAGAAGUACUGAGGAAACCAAUAAUUUGCUUGCUUUUAAUAAUAUGACAGAGGCAAACAAUUCUGGGUUUUCCUGGGGCCUGAUACUGGUAUCAAUAUAUAUUGCCUUGGCUUUGAUUCUGCUCUCUUGUAAGUGAAUGGAUACAUAUCAAAUAUUAUAUACAUCUCAUUACAUAGAAGAUGUUUCAGUAACAGUUAGUAAGCAAAUGUGCAGGAAGAGCUAGCCAUAACUAAUAUUAUAGAGAGGCUAAUAAGGCUGUGCAAAUCCUUUGAAAGAGCUGCUUCCAGAUACAAGGCUAUGUACAAAACACCUCUUCCUCAAUCAAACAAAAAUAUUUUUGCCAAGUUUGUGCUGUCGUUUCCAGCUAUCUCUACCUGUUUUUCCCCUGUGACUACUUUAGUGAAAAGAGGAGCUUUGAUUGAAACCCCACAAAGUUAGAAGCACUUCUUUUGAAGGAGUUAGGAGAUCUUAAUGACUAGGGGCAUAUAAUUUCCUAAACCAAAUAACCACAAUAAUGUUUAUCAUGCUGUAUAGACCUAGCUAUUGUGGUUUAUAAAUGUUGAUGAAUGAUUUAUCAUGGUCUGUGAACACAGCCAAUUAACUUAUUCAGUAAGAUUAAGUAACUGUGGCUUAGUGCAGUGGUAAAUAUUUUGGUUGAGAUGGAGAUGUCUCAAAGUAUGUAGAGUGACAUUUAUCUAAUACCGGUUUCUUUCUGGACUCGUACGACUGGAUUAGCCUUGAAUAUGAAUCUUCUCACUCAGCUGUGCGGUUUUUAAACCAUUGCAUUUUAUGUAAGAACUCUGAAAUAACGUAUUCUCAUUCCAUCAAAGUUUAUAAUCCUGUGUUUCCAUUCAAAAGAAAGGUUUUGGUGGAGCAGAUCAUAUUAUUAGCUUGGAUGCUAAUGGGAACCACACAAAGAAGGCAUGAAAGCACUGGCAUCCUUCCUUUUUAAUAUGUAGCCAGCAUGUUCUGUGUACUGCAUCUGUAUUCUCUGGAAACCUUUAGUAUAGAUAAUCUUUAUAAAGGAUUUGGGUCCUAAUAUUUUAGCUGAAUAAUUUAUAGCUGGAUCUUGUGAUUUUUUUUUCAGGGCAAGAAAUAGCUUUCCUUUGUAGAAAACUGAAUUUUGAAGAUCAACAAUAAAAAUGCCAUCUUCAAAAUUGUUAAGUUUCUUUUCCCUUUAAAAUGUAAUAUUCUCAGGUUCUUGAUCUGAUUGGCGAAUUCAUAUAAAGCAAAGAUACCAAUCAAUAGUUGUUAAGUAUAUGCUGGGGUAUCUGCUGAAGAUGUAAAUGAAUAGAAUAUUUUUUUAAUUGACAUUAAAGUUCUGACGCAUCAAAGAGCAGUAACGUAGUUGGAAGGGCUGCUACUCCAACACUGUGUAGUUCUUAGGUGCCUAAUUAUCCAUUUAACUUUUUGCAGCCUGUUAUAGGGAGAACUAGAUGCUGUAAGAGCACACUUUGUGCCUUGCAGGAAUAAAACGUGGUUCUGGUUUUUAAAAUGUGAGCCUUUUCUGAAACUUGAGCCUCCUGGUUAAUCUUGUUCUUCUGAUGAAUGAAUGCUUGCCAUUCCAUUUCCCAUUUUAUUACAAAUCCCGGUUGGUAGAUGAACCAUGAAACUGCCUUAAAGUGACUUAGAUUGAUCUGUCUAGUUCAAUAGAUUUUUUUUGUUAUUACGAAGGUUUUUUUUUUCUUCAUUCCAGUAGUUAUCAUUGGGAUGAGUUGGUGAACAUAUGGAUCUUAUGUGAACUAUAUCAAUUAACCAUAGGACAUUUUUCUCUUCCACUGAGAAAAGUUAUUUCCUUAUUCUUCCACCCAAUACAUGCUAAAAAUAAGACAUUUAACUUAAAAUGCAGUGCUGCUUUUCUGUGGUGAAUACGUAUCAAGUUUGAGAAAGCUGCCAUUUAAUGAGGAUGUGAGGCCUGAGCAUCCCAUUUUUCUCAUAUACUAAUGAUCAGUAUAAUAUCAGUAUCUU